AUGACUACACCCUCUGCUGUCACUGCAAAGAGCGCCUACCGGCAACUCCUGCGCGCAACACGAGUCGCCUUCCGAGAUGACUAUCGUGUUAUGUUAGCCGCUCGCCAGGAAGCCCGCCGCAACUUUGACAGCAACAAACGCGUGGGCAUCGACACGGGCCUGCAGAUCAACCAUGCAAUCGAAGUUGCGAAUAUCUUGCGCCACAAUCUUGUGCAGGGCACGAGAGAGACUGGAAACGAUGCUUCUCGAUGGGAACUUCGCAUUCAUGACGAAAUCGAGCGAGGUGACAAUGACUCUAUCAAGGUCGGGGACAAGGAUGUCAAGAUCCACAAGGCGUGCUCGUCAUGA